CCAAUAUACUCUCUUUUUACAGCUUGGCUCCCUACCACCAGUUAGAUUCCUUUCACUUCAUUCAACUUUUUGUAUCAUUAAAUGCUCUCACGAACCCAAAGCCUACAAGCCUACGCCUUCGCAAACCCCAAGCCAAACUUUCUAAAACUAAAAGAGAGUGAUCUGAUUUCUCACCUCUUUUACUUCCAUAGUUUUCCACCAAAAUGUCCAAAAAACGACUACCCAUUUUCCAAAAGGUCUCAAAGCUCCUUAGGAUCUUUAUCUUCAUUGCCAAAGUGAGAAAACUGUCAUUUGAAAACUCAUUUCUCAGGAGGAAAUUACAAACCUCAAAGAAGUUGAAGCUUCUGAAGCAUUACAACAAUGGGUUCCGUGGAGAAUACCAGUUUUCUCCUUCUAACACUCCCCUCAUUCAUUACCACAGAAGGCAGCUCAUGAAGAGCAGAAGCCCUCAAGACAUAUACUCUCUGUUCUUCUUUCUUUGCAAAUGUUGGGGUUCUAGCUUGACAGUUGAAGGAGAAGAUAUAUGUGGAGAUUUCACUAUGGAGGCUCUUCCUCCUGCCACUGGAGAAGAUGACAAUGCAGUGGCUUUAUUGGAGCCGUUGGAUUGGGGAGAUGAAGAAGCUUCAAUUGACCUGCGGGCUCAGAUGUUCAUUGACAGGUUCUAUGAAGAAAUGAGAAUGCAGAGGCAGGGAUCAUUCUAAAUUAAUGUUGUUGCAAAUUUAUUGAUUUUUGAUUGACUUUCAUUGUUUUAUUUUCGAUUCAAUUUGUUGGGUUCUCCGCAGUUUUUUUUUUUACAUUGUGGAGAGACAGUUAGGUUUGAAAAUUUUCCAUUUGCUAUGAAUGUGUGGUUGUGUGAAGAUUUGCAAAUUUGUA